AUGACGGAAGCCGAGCAUCGUGAAGCCAAUACGACAGAUAAACAGAUCACACAGGGAACCAAUUUGAAGCAGUCUAUAGAAUAUGAAAUAUUUUACACUCCAAUUGUCCUGGCGGGUCCACUUCACGAUAAAUGGCUCGCUGACGUGAAAGCUGUACUCCAACAAAACGGCCUGGAGAGGCUGAUCGACAUCACCAUCCCCCACCCCAAGACCACAGACGCGUCUUGGGGACACUGGCAUGUCACGUCCUCUCACAUGCGCUGUUGGUUGGCGGCUGGCUUGCCUCGACGUCUCUUGAAAAAAGUCAACAAAAGCAAUGAUAAUGUGACAUACGCCGAUGGAUUCAUGGAAGUGGCACUCAAAGAAAUUCGAUACAAUCUCUUCAAUAUGCAUUUGAAGCUUACAGCAGAACUCGCAUCCCUCAAGGGCGCCGACUUCCCCACCCUCAAGGAAUACAUGGUGACAUUUUUACAUGUUUACAAGCGUCUUCAAGAGCUCCAAGCAACCCCGCCCUCAUACUAUCUCCUUUGCUGCGUUUAUCAACAGGUACAACUCUCAAACGACGUCAUCAUGAAAGGGUUUGUGCGUACAAACAUUAAUUCAUUAUUGGGAACUUGUGGUGAUAUCUGGACCAAUCUACCGCCAACAAUUCUCGAAUUGUGGCUCAAUGCCAUGGUGCAACUGCUUCACAGGGUUGAGCGCUUUAAUCUUGAUAACCCAGUUGACUCUCUCGAUAUCCCGGGUAUGGCAAUAUGA